CUGACUGAGCGUGAGGUGGGAUACACACACUAUAUACUGCAUUUGUAGCGGGGAAACGCUGACAACGUUUGUCUUUAGUUAGAGAACUAAAACACAUCUUGGUAUAUUUUACUCCAAGACCAGCAGACAUGAAUAGCCACGCGUCCAAUCCAAAGACCAUUGCCAGCAGCCCGGUCACAGCCAUGAAAGAUAAGUCGGGCUUCAAGGGUCAACAGAGCAGCGAGAAAGCCACAAAAUCAUGCAAGUUUCCUCCACUUCCAACACAUGUCACUAAACUGAUCCAUAGCCGGGACAACGAUUUAUACCCUUUGGAAGGACUGGCUGCACAUCACAGGGGGCUAGGUGCAUUUUGUGCUAGGGACAGAGACAAAGAGGAAGAACAAUUGCUACAGUUUGCCGGUAAAGGAGAGCAAACACCCAGAGAUGAAAAGGAGACAGAGUCGUCACGUACACGAAGCAAGAAGAUACUGAGCCUACCUAGGUGUAGCUGUGACCAGGAAGAAGGAGACGACGACGACGAAGUUGACUACGCCACGUCAGAGGAAAUGUUUCCCAAGAUCGAGUUCUCAGGAGUUGUUCUGGAUCUGGACCAGGCCCCAUCAUGGGCUGUGCUCAAACAAAAGAGGGCCGCUGAGAACAUACGAUUCAACCUGCCCAGUGAUCUGAAGAGACUUGAGGGAGUAACGCCCAUGGAGUUUCUGACAGGGUAUACUUCACUUCAUUACCAGCAACGAAGAUCGUACUAUAGGAUCUUCAGAAACUUUAGGAAUAAAGAAACUGACUUAAUGGAAAAAAAGAACCUGUACCCAGCUCUGAACGUCCUGUUUGCCAACAGCUUGGGAGAACCAAACUACCAUGUGCUUGUUAAACGUUUGCAUCUGCUCGAUGUGGAGAACAUCAACUUUGAUAUGUUUGUGGGCAUUUGCGCUUUCUGUGACCGAAAGUACUGGAAAAUGUAUUUUGAGAGCACAGUCAAUCGACCCCCGUUAGAGGCGCUGGAUUUCCACAACCUGGACAAGAAGAUGUACCGAGUGAACAUCUCUGAAGACCUGCAGCUGCUGCUCUUGUCCCUCCACUGACGACAUUGCUCUCCUUAAACCCUGCUAACCGCGGAAAGAAGCACUGACGAACAAACAUUAUGUACAUAGUCCUCCCCCCCCAACUAAAUGUGUGUGUG